AUGACCAGUCCCGAGGCCACCUCCAUACCGAGCGAGACUGCACCUCCCCCUUUGAAAUUGGCCACAACGGUAGUGACGUCCAAUCGACCCCCAAACAAAGUGUGGAACAUCCGGUCGACUCGCGAAACUCUUCGGCGUAGCACCGAGUCGCUUGACCGCGCCUUCACUAAGCUUAACAGGCCUCCCAGCAGGUCCAGUUUUACCAGCACUAGCACAAACGCCAGCAGUGCAACCAGUUCGGACGAUGAGGUAUUACAUAGUGUGUGUGGAGACGUCGCAGUGGAGAAGCCACGCAAGAAAAAGACAUCCUUAUUUUCUUUUCAAGCCUCUAACGCCACUCACUUCGACCCUACCAUCGGAAGGACUUCAGGAUCCUCGGGCUCGUUGGGACUCCGCGCUGCCAUGAAUCUGUCCAGUCGUUUGCUGGGCAAUUUACGCGGUCUUAAAAUUGUGCUCGAGCCAACCGCUAGAGACACCCUGGACUCUUUACAUCGCCUUUUGAAGUUGCAUGUCAGCCAGCCCCCCGAUGAGUUGCCUCGCCUAAUGCGUAAUCUCAGCAAGGUGAUCCUCAAACUAGGUCUCUUGGCGCGCUCUGUCCGGCUCACUGGGCCUGAGCGAGUUCAUGCCGACGACCUGCAUGCUAUCCUGCGAAACAUUUGCCUAACAGUAGUCAGCUUCCCACUGCCAGACAAUCUAUACCCCGGUUCGAUGUUCGGGACAGUUGAUAACAUGGAAGAUUAUGUUUUCGAUAGAAACUACCUAAUCAAAUCUCUUCAUGACUGCCAUGAAGUGAUGCUCCGCCUGACCGCAUCACAUCUUAGCCGACGUUCUCUGGAACGCAUUGAUUAUAUAUUCUAUGUUCUUGGUCGUGAAGUACUAGUUGAUGCAAUCUUUAAUUCUGAGGCCAACCCUGAGCGACUUUCCAGGUUGGCGAAUUUGGUUGCCUCAAUUAAUCGGAUGCUGCGGGAUGGUAUACUUUAG